UGUUUUAUAUUAUAGUUUAAAAUAACAGCUGAUUACAUUUAAAGUUUAAACUAUGUUGACCGACGACAACGUCCGCGGUUUUGUGCUCGGUAGAUUCUUCUCUGUCCAUCUUCAGUUUAAUCCUUUCGUCUUGUGCUGUCCGUUUGACCGUCCGACCGGCUGAAAUUUCACGCCCGGUGUCAGAACGGUGUUUAAAACAAGGUAUUUUCUUUAAAUGGGACGCUGACACUGUUCAGAUUAUCAAAAUUGGCAAGAAUUUCUGUAAAAGAUUUGUUCAAAAUUGUCCUUCUCACUUCUCCAGAUUUCGUUUCUUCAAGGGGGAAGGGAUGAUACAUUUCGUCCAUCUUCUCAACAACGAAGACAUACCGGUUCAGGAAGUGGCAGAGGAGUUUUUGGAUGUAUUUCACCAGAACCACGAAGAAGGGACGGCGGACUUCGUCGAGCUCCUGUUCCAUGCGGGCGGCUGGUCGACGUUCGUCUACCUCGGCGGGACGUUCCCUCAGAAGCAGCAGUUUGUUGAGAUAAAGGCAAACGCCACGCACGACCUCUUCGCCCCGGUGGCCAACAGAGAGAUCGACUUCCAGAGGCGGUUCUCCGAGUUCCUCAGCAUCGUACUGGAAAGCAACAAGUGCUGUCUGAUGUACAAUGAUCAGUUCAUGUCCGUCGUCAUCAGAGCCUAUCAGAUCCUAUCCGCUGGGAAGUGGGACAUGUUCAGGCUCAUAGCUCAAAUCCUCGGUAUGAAAAUGCUCUGCUCUCUCAACAAGGAAUACGAAAAACUCAAAACAAAUUACAUAUCAGAUAUAUCGAACCCCAUGACUCUUUCCCGCAUCCAUCGCAACACACUUUAUCAAGGAUGGCAGCAGUCAUUUUUUAAAAUAUACCAUUUAGUACAAUUUUUCGUUUAUAAAACACUCUGCGAAAAAUGCCAAGGUCAAGGAACAGCAGAUAUCGUUGCCUCGCCAUUUUGCCGUUUGACUAAUCUUUUAAAUGAACUGAUGAUUUCGACGACACUCCCUCCUACGCCCAUGUUCAAGGAUAGGUGGCUCACUUUGAUAUUGAACGGCCUCAGAGACAAGAAUUAUGACCAUAAAGGCCUCUGCUACAUGGUUCUUUAUCUUCUCCUUUGCCGCCCUGAGGACCCGAGGUGGCAGAUGAGGCUAUUCGAUUUUGUGAAAUCGGAUUUGCUCUAUUCCCUCAGGAUGUACACUGAUCUGUCUUUGAUCAGUCUCAGAAUUUUAUCGAGUGUGGCAAAGUGCACCAGGAUUGAUUUGAAUGGUUUCGAGCUGGAGACGAUUUACUAUUACCUGUACAACCCAGACCAGUCGCUGGCCAUCCUCGCCGCUGAGCUUGUUUUCGAGUUCCACAUGAGACAGAGCCAAGACGGCUUUUUGAUAAUAAAAAACUUAAUUAAAGUCUGUCGCAAUUCUUUUAUGCGCUGUGAUGAAUUGUUGAUGGACUCGAUUUACGAUAAUAUAAAGGACAUCGUGACCUGGGAAUCGUGGACGGACUUUUUGAAAGAUUGUGUGGAGGAAGAUGUCCAUGAUGUCAUGGCGCUCCUGUAUGCCUAUGCGCGCAAAAUGACAACAGGUUUUAUUCCAAGGUUUCGGACGACGAUCAUCCGUGAGAUGUCCCCGGAGGAAGUGACUGAAAACCGAAGGACUUUCACAGACCAUUUUUUAAAGGAUUGGUUCUGCCUGCUAGAACUGGGCAAGCUUACUGUCAGGCCUAAGUCCCUGGCAAAGUUGAUCAAGCUACCUCAAUAUUUUGAUGAGGCCAUCAUCUCAAAGGAGAACGACGCGAUGACUGAUGUGGCCAAAGUUUGCCUCGCAUACAUCACACUCGGACAUGAGCACACGCUCAUUGAAGAAUGCUGUCGAACCCUUUCAAAGAUGAGCGAGUUUUCCCGACACAACCCUGAUGUCUGUCAAGAGGUGAAUCUUAUCAUUUCAGCCACGACUAAAGUCGUUUUUAAAGAUUUCAAGAAAUUUAAAACUGACCUCAUGACACAGUGUCAAAUUCUUUCUGCAACUAAGUUUUUAGAAGUUGACGAUCUAAUACUAUGGGAAGUCUCCAUGGAAAAACUCAGCGUCGCUUCUGCACAAAGGAUGAACCAAAAUUUGAUAAAAACUCUUAUAUUGAUGCUUUUCCAAUUGUUGAUGAAGAGGGCCAAAUGCGUGAUUAACGAGCUCUGUGAGACGAAGACGUGCAAUCUAGGGAUGGUCAAUGUCCUCGUCAGCAACUGCAUGUCACGUUCUAUAGCAUUGAAUUCCGUCAUAAGGGCGUUUCUGGCUCCGAGCUUCGGUCCAGACGUUCGCAAAGUCGCAUUCAUGACCAUGCUGGACCUCCUGGAAUUCCUGGGACCGCAUAUGACACUCCCCGAAGGGAUCUGGUUCUCAAAGACAGCCUUUGAUGAUGAAGACGUGUACAAAUUAGUCAGCUACACGACGGAAAUGAUCGAAAACUCCAACUCCUGCCAGACAAACCAUAUAACCAGUGCCAAAUUAAAAGACUGUUGCUCCGUUCUUUACAAACUCUGCAUGUUCAUAUCAAAAGGCAUACUCGACGUGCAAUGCCUCACCCCUUUGAUGAGACAUCUUGGAAAGAAUCCUAUUCACGACGAUAUUAUAGUUGAAGCGAUAAAUAAAUUCACAUCAAUGUUUCCUCAUAAAUGGGAGCUUCUUUCAAACGCAAUUUUCAACACGUAUGCAAUUAUCAAAGAUGACUGUUUGCCGAAUGACUUACCUCUACAGGAUACAGCGGAAGUAAGAGAGAUGAUGUCGAAGCUUUUCACCGAGCUGUCAGUCCUGACGCAGGUGCUGACAAGAAGGCUGAGGUUCUCUGAUCCGAGGACGCUUAGAAAAGUGAGCAUCAGGCUGCACACUGUCCUGAUUGAUCAGGCUUUAAAGCCGACAGGGUUCCGUUCUUGCAUCGACCUUCUAUACGCCAUAAGAGACCUUCUUGCCAAUGAAGACGUCCAGUUCAUUUUGUCCUGCCUUGAUGAGUACCACAUAGAGUUCAGCGCGGAUGUCGCAAAGUACUACAAUUUCCUCAAGCAGAGCAUCUCGCCGACGCCGACAUUCCUUUCAGAAAGGGACAACCUACAGCUCCUGGCUGCUUACCCGAUAUCUUAGGUGCACAAGGUGUUCCAAACGAUUCAUCAAUUUUA